GUAAGCCAAUUGUUUUUGUUUUUGUUUUUGUUUCGUUUUCUUUAGAACUGAAAAUAGAACAACAAUGGCUAAAUUAGACCACUUUCAUUUCAUCUGGUUAAACAUAAAUGGAAACUCAAUACAACUAGAAUCACGCAUCCUCCUCAAAUUGCCACUUAACAGAAACGGUGAACUUUUAUUUGCAGUCAUCGAUUUUAAUUAAAAUUAGAUGGACGGAUCAGAUUGUAAUAGGUCCAAAGGAAAACAAACCAAUGAGUGCAUUCUCUUAAAUCCAAGGUUGAAAGUAUUGGGAUUGUGGUGUCCAAGGUUCUGGGAUGCCUGGUUUUCUCUUAAAUCCUCUGAUUGAAGCUCCUUCAACUGUGCUAGCCAGAUAAAUCACAUGUUCUCCUAGAUUUGACUUUUAUACAGAUCCAAUGAGUGCAUUCUCAUCUAACAAACGGAGCAAUGUUAAUAUCCAGUCUUCACAGGGUUGUUUCCCUCCUCUAAAUAUUGGUGGUUCUCCUAUGGCACAAUUUUCAUCACCACAUUCAGGCGGGGAAAUUUCUUCACCAUCUGUCAUCGUAAUUCAUGAUUCUCCCUCGAUUCUUGAUGAGCCUGGCCCCGCCGGCUCUGUUGACUCUGUUCUCUCUUCCAAUGAAGGUUUAUCCUCGUCAGAAUGGCGGACAAAUGUGCAUUUGGUUGAGGAUAAGUGUUUAUGGCGUUCUAUCUGGGGUAGUAUUGGGAGUAUCAACUCCCAUCGAAUAUCAGCUCAAGGGGGCUUCUGGCAGAACACCAGAAGUCAUGUUUCAGGAAGGGGUAGUGGACAAGGACGGAGUUCUCGUGGUCACUGGUCCAACGAGGACAGGUCUAGUGGCCCAGAACAAUUUUACAAGAGUUCCAUGAUUGAAGAUCCAUGGAAGUUUUUGAAGCCUGUAGUAUGGAAUGCAGUGACUGCUUCUUUUUACAUUGCACCUACACCUGAGAAUUCAAAAUCCUGAACUUCAAAGUCAGUAAGCACAAAAAAGGAGGGUUCAUCUGCUGCUCAUGUCAUGUUCAGUUCCGAACCAAGCCUUGCGGAGUACUUGGCUGCUGCGUUCAAUAAAGCUGCAGCCGCAAUUGCAGACAAAGAAUGAUGGCAGCUGGGAGUUCCUCCAUCAUGAUGUUGCCUAGGGCAAAGAAUUCAUUUCAUGUAUGAAUGCCAGGGGCUCAGCUGUGAUGUGUUAGUGUAUACCAAACACCUUGACAUUAGGAAUGUACUUGGGUUACUCACAUGCAACAAUUAGUUGACCAAUUGUAAACUAUAUUUUCUGAAUUGUAC